AUGGCAGCAGAAAGCAUGGAGAAACAAAUGGACAAAGCAGUUAGGGAGAAGGACUACAGCAAGUUUCUGGCAUAUUUUGGACAGUAUUGCAACACAGGCAGCAAGAACAUGGUCUUCUACAAGACCAUUGCACUCCUCUACUACUUGUCUAGGGAGAUGUUCGCACAGUACUACGCACUGCUACAGACGUGUUUGAGUCAGCCUAACAACUACGCCUAUGUCGUGGAUGUUUACGAAUCCAUUCGGAUCUGCGACCUGAAUGCGAUAGAGAAGCUCCACAAGGACGCAGAUGCAACCUACAAGCCACUUCUAGGGAAAAUUCGUGAAAAUGUCAAAAAGAUCUACGAUAGGGCAGUGAAUGCGAAAGACUGCAAGGGUGAAGCAAGUGAAACAGAGCAGCACAUUGUGAAGGACAUUGAAGACUGCAUUUUUGUGCUAAAGAACUUUAAGAAAUAA